AUGAGAUCUGUCACACUGAAGGAUGUUGACCAACACAAAGUCACUAGAACCCUUGCUAAUCAUUUAAAAAAAAUCGGCAAAGUAAAAUUGCCAGAGCACAUGGACCUUGUAAAAACUGGUCGUUUUAAAGAGCUAGCCCCGUAUGAUCCAGACUGGUUCUUUGUGCGGUGUGCUGCUAUUCUUCGUCACGUUUAUAUGAGAUCGCCGAUCGGAGUGAAAACUGUUACUAAAAUCUUUGGCGGUCGUAAACGUAAUGGUGUAACACCCUCACAUUUCUGCAGAUCAUCUGGAAGCAUCGCACGUAAGGCUCUGCAGGCUCUCGAAACUCUUAAGCUCGUAGAGAAGGUUCCAGAUGGCGGUCGUGUCCUCACUGUUCAGGGGAGACGUGAUAUUGAUAGAAUCGCUGCGCAGAUCCGUCUGAAAGCCAAGCAACAGGCUAAACAACAAGUUUUAGUGCUCUAA